AAAUCAACAAAAGCCAUCUUAUACUAAUCCCCGAUAAAGAGAGCGAGCGAGCGAGCGUCUCCCUCACAUCCUUUCCCCCAUCUCGCGUCGCCAUUAACGACGCUUCGAUCUCUCUCUCGGUAGUCUUCCAGAGAUGGGAUCUCGCCAUGACAAAGAGAAGGCCGUCAACGUUCAGGUCCUCCUCCGCUGCAGGCCGUUCAAUGAGGACGAGCUGCGGAACAACGCGCCGCAAGUUGUGACCUGCAACGACUAUCAGAGGGAGGUCUCCGUCACGCAGACCAUAGCGGGGAAGCAGUUCGAUCGCGUUUUCACAUUCGAUAAGGUGUUUGGUCCCUCAGCAAAGCAAAGGGAUCUGUAUGACCAAGCUGUAGUUCCAAUCGUGAAUGAGGUCUUAGAGGGAUUUAAUUGCACUAUAUUUGCCUAUGGCCAAACAGGCACCGGGAAAACAUAUACUAUGGAAGGUGAAUGUAGAAAGGCUAAAAGUGGACCAAAAGGUCAGUUACCUGCGGAUGCAGGUGUCAUUCCUAGAGCUGUCAAACAAAUAUUUGAUACAUUAGAGAGCCAAAAUGCAGAGUACAGUGUGAAGGUUACUUUUUUGGAAUUGUAUAAUGAGGAAAUCACUGAUUUGCUUGCUCCUGAAGAGCUAUCGAAAAUUACUUUGGAGGAUAAGCAGAAAAAGCCAUUACCUCUGAUGGAAGAUGGCAAAGGUGGUGUGCUUGUAAGGGGUUUAGAGGAAGAAAUAGUAACAAGUGCAGAUGAGAUCUUCUCUCUCCUAGAAAGAGGUUCUGCUAAACGGCGCACUGCAGAGACCUUACUAAAUAAACAAUCUAGUCGGUCACAUUCUCUAUUUUCUAUUACCAUUCACAUCAAAGAGGCCACUCCAGAAGGUGAAGAGCUAAUCAAAUGCGGCAAACUGAAUCUAGUGGACCUAGCUGGAUCUGAGAACAUUUCUCGUUCGGGAGCUAGAGAUGGUCGUGCAAGAGAAGCUGGUGAGAUUAACAAAAGCUUACUUACUCUAGGCCGUGUUAUUACUGCACUAGUUGAACAUCUUGGACAUAUUCCCUACAGGGACAGCAAACUUACAAGGUUGCUUCGUGACUCAUUGGGUGGGAGGACUAAGACGUGCAUAAUAGCGACAGUUUCACCAUCUGUACACUGCCUUGAGGAAACACUCAGUACCUUGGAUUAUGCUCACAGGGCAAAGAACAUAAAGAAUAGGCCUGAGGUAAACCAAAAAUUGAUGAAAUCAACUCUGAUAAAAGACCUCUAUGGGGAAAUUGAUCGACUUAAAGCUGAGGUAUAUGCUGCUCGUGAAAAAGUUGGAGUUUAUAUACCAAAAGAAAGAUACUACCAGGAGGAGAGUGAAAGAAAGGCAAUGGCAGAACAAAUCGAACAGAUGAGUGUUGUGAUAGAAACUGGUCAAAAGCGACUUGAUGAUCUGCAAGGAAAGUAUGAUGCUGAGCUUGAGCACUCUGUUGAAUCGAAUCAGAAGCUCCUUGCCACAGAGAAACAAUUGGAGCACACAAGCAAAUUACUAGCUAGUGCAACUGAAGAACUCAAGCAAACAAAAUAUGCUCUUACGGAGAAAGAUUAUAUUAUAUUACAGCAGAGGAAAGCAGAAAAUGCACUGGCACAUCAAGCUUCUGUCCUUAGAUCUGAUUUGGAAAAAUCUGUUCAGGAUAAUGCCUCACUGUAUUCUAAAAUAGCUAGAGAAGACAAACUGAAUGCUACCAAUAGGUCUGUUGUGAACAAUUUUCAAGCUGAGCUGGCAGGAAAAAUUGGAGUACUUUGCAAUACCAUUACUUUAUCCACAAAACAACAAAAUGAGUAUCUUCAGACUGUUGAGAAGCUAUGUCAAUCUUGCCUUGAUUUUCAUGAUAAGGCAGCAUUAGAACUGAGGAAGAAAGUACUUGCUUCAAAAUCAUUGUUUUUAUCGCAUAUAGAAGCUGUGCAGAAUGUUGUGCGUCUGCAUAAAGCAGGUAGCACUGCUGGCCUAGAAGAGAUGUCAUCUAUGAUUUCUGCAAACUGCUGCUCUUUUGAUCAAUUGCUAGCUCUUGGUGAGGGUGAAGCAGAUCAAAUUUUUUGUGACUUGGAAAAAAAAUUGUCAGAACAUCGUGGAGAGAUUGCACAUUUUACCCAUGAACUUCGUGAGAGAUUCAAUACUAGUUUAAUCCGUGUGAAAGAAUUCUCUCAAUUCAUUCAUGAGCUACUUGAGAAGUUUGGAGAAGAGAAAAAAAAGCUUCACGCCCACUCAAGCCGUGUUCAUGAAGCUCAUGCAAAGUGCAUUGGUGAAUUUCAAAAGGCUUAUGAGGAGCAAUCCAAGGUUGAACAGGACAAGCUUUUAUCAGAGAUAACUAAUUUAGUGUCUAGUCAUAUGCGUCGCCAAAAAGAGUUGGUGGAUGUGAGACUUGCCACUUUGGAAGAAGCUGCUUUAGAGAACAAGGAAAAAGCAGAAAAGCUAACAUCAUUGUUGGAUGUCGUCAACAGUGAUGCCAAGAGGAAGUGGGAAGAGUUCUACAAACAAGCAGAACAUGAUUUUACGGAUGGAUCCAACUUUUCUGCAGCAAAACAUUGUCGUAUGGAGCUUGAGCUACAGCAAUGCGUAAGCAUCGUUGAUGUAGCUUCACAGCAGUGGAAGAAGACACAUGCAUCUGUCAACGAACUAAGCAGCAAACAUGCUGCUGAAAUGGAUGUCCACAUAAGGACUGCCAUUGACGUUAAUGAACAACACGAUGUUGAUGUGGCUUCAGCACGAGAUGCAGCGGCUGAUGCUGCUGCAAAGAGCAGCGCAGACAUCAUUCAGUACUGUGAAGGUGCAAUGGAGCACGACCGGAAGUGUGCACAAGAAGUGACGGUGGCAGUGGAAACCCAUGCCAUGGCCAUUCGAGAACUGCAGGAAGAGCACGCAGUCCAGGCUGCCGAAAUCAAUAAGCAGGCCGAGAACACCUUCCAACACAAUUUCACGGAUUAUGAGCCUACCGGGGAAACUCCUGUAAGAUCUGAACCGGAUGUACCAAGCAAGGGGAUGAUUGAAUGUCUUCGAGCCAUGCCAAUGGAAACUCUACUCGAGGACUUCCGAGAAAACCAUCCUUAUGAGUCAUCGAAGGAGUCCAAACCAUCUCUCAUACCACGCUCCCCGCUUGCCCAGCGGAAUUGACACUAUAAUGGUCCACUCUCACGGAGUGGAGAAACGUGAAGCAGACAGGCCCGUCUGCACGUCUCUCCAUCUUUACUCAUUCUAUGUGCAGUAAUCUUA